UGUUUAAACUCAAGCAGUGUAUCUCAGAAAGUUUAUUGAGACGAUAAAGUGUGCAAUGCCUACAUCCUACUCUACCAACAUGCGUUCAAAGUUUCCUAUCCUGGCAAUAACGCUGGAAAUUUUGAUCAUUAUUUUAUAUGGGAUUUUUGUCACAUAUGACGAUGGAGCUGAUUCGAGACAUAUUUUGAAAAACACAACCACAACAGAAAAGUUAUACAAACUAUAUCCAAGUUUCCAGGAUGUGCACGUUAUGAUCUUUGUUGGAUUUGGCUUUCUUAUGACCUUUUUGAAGAAAUAUGGCUUCAGCAGUGUGGGACUUAAUUUACUUAUUGCUGCCUUUGGUCUUCAAUGGGGCACGCUGAUGCAAGGCUGGUUGCACAAUUACAAAGAUGGACAAAUCAAAGUCAACAUUUUGACCUUAAUCAACGCAGACUUCAGCGCAGCAGCGGUGUUGAUUUCAUUUGGAGCAGUCUUGGGGAAGACUAGUCCAGUCCAACUUCUGAUCAUGACUUUGUUGGAGAUUACAAUAUUUGCUUUCAAUGAGCAUCUGGUUACUGGGAUCCUGAUGGCCAAAGAUGUUGGUGCAUCAAUGACUAUUCAUGCAUUUGGUGCAUACUUUGGACUGGUUGUUGCUCGAGUCCUCCACAGGCCAAAUUUGCAAGAAUGCCAAGAAAAUGAAGGAUCUGUAUAUCACUCGGAUUUAUUUGCUAUGAUAGGUACUGUGUUCUUAUGGAUGUUUUGGCCAAGCUUUAACUCUGCCAUAGUAGAGUCUCCAGAUGGGCAGUACAGAGCUGUCAUAAACACUUAUUACUCUCUAGCUGCAUGUGUGCUGGCAGUUUAUGCUCUCUCCUGCUUACUCGAUAAGAACGGAAAGCUAGACAUGGUUCAUAUACAAAAUGCGACUCUGGCAGGUGGUGUAGCUGCUGGAACCUCUGCUGACAUGAUGAUCUUUCCUUAUGGAAGUCUGGUGAUUGGAUUUGUUGCUGGAAUAGUCUCGACAAUUGGAUUUAAAUAUCUAACGCCACUGUUAGCAUCUAAAGCUAAACUACAUGAUACAUGUGGUGUACAUAAUCUUCAUGGUUUACCUGGAAUAAUUGGAGGUCUGGCCGGUAUAGUUGGAGCAGGAAUGGCCAGCGAUGCAUUAUAUGGGAAUGGCCUUUAUGAAACUUUCCCAGAAAGGCGCCAGAGAACUGCCAUGGUACAGGCUGGAUACCAAGCUGCUGGACUGGGCACCUCUCUUGCUAUAGCCAUCAUUGGAGGACUUAUUACAGGUUUCAUUCUUCGCAUUCCAGUUUGGGGACAGCCACCAGACCAAAAUUGUUUUGAUGAUCAAAUUUAUUGGGAGGUGCCAGACAGUGAAAAUGAGCACAAUGAGCUUCUUUCAUCAGAACAUGGAAAACACCAGAGUAAUCCUGUAGCAUGAUCCAGCUUGAGUUUUGAAGGAACAUAUCAACAUUCCAAAACAACCCAACAUUGCGAGGCGUACUUAAUUUGAAUUCAACAUAUUUUAUCUUGCAUUGAAAAUGUAAUUGAGUAACAAAAAUCCACAAAUAACGUCAGAAUUUUUAAUUUCAGUCUUCCUUUUUUCAUAAAGAUCUUCAUUUAAAAGUAUUCAAACAAAGUACCCGAUUUGAGUGUUGGAACAAAACACCUUUUUUUAUUCAUAAAUUCAUAUUUUAUAAUUAUUUUUGCCGAUAUCUUUCUUAAACUGCUAGGAUAUUGCUUCUUUUGCUUGACAUUAUUCUCCUUUUUGGGAUAGAGUUGCAAUGAUACGCGCCUUCAGAUGAUUGCAUACUGCACCAAUACAAGACCUAAGAGUAUAAUCUUAGACCUUAGCUACUGAGGGAGUGUUGAGUUACUGCAGGUAUUGCCCAGCACUCAAGCAGAAACAAAAGUCUCUAUAGUUAUCUUUUUUUUUAAAUGUAGGAGAGCUCUCCAAGUUCUAGACUGAAUUAAUAAUGUAAUUAAAACCAACAACAAAGAGCAAAUGGUUAUACACAUUAUUAAUGUCUCAGGGACUUAACUGUAUAUACGUUGACUGACUUACAUAAUAGGUAUUUAGCACAAAAAAAUUAUUGUAUCUCCAUUAUUCAAGAUGACCUAAGCAUAUGAAAAGCAGUGUGUGAAUUUCCAAAUAUUCUCCUUUUACAUAUUGCUCAUUAGACAUACAAACAUAAAUUAGCAAGGAAAACAUAAAUCACAUGGGUUCUGCUUCCUGAUCAGUGGACAAAGAUCAUGCUGUAAAGAUAGAAAUGGAUGUGAUUUAUCUCACGGUAUAACAUCUUGCCAAACCUUACUCACGUGAUUCACACAUAAAGAAUAGCAUCUUUCACAAGGUGUUGAAGAGUUCCUGGUUUUUAUAAACUUUCCUCCAUGAAUCAAUCAUUUCAAAAUAAAAGAAAAUUCAAAUAA